ACCUUUCACUUGGUUCCUAUAUAGAGAGAUAUGAUUGUUCCAAAACUUCACAUACAGACAUGAUCCUCGGUGCCUUUGUAGUUUUUCUGACUUUCUCUCUAAGUCAUAGUUCACCCGAAUUUUCCAUUGUCGGAAAGUCAGGGUUGAAGCUGAGUGUAUCAGAUGACGACGGUAUUUCUCUCGUCAUUUUUACCGUGAAGGAUCGCAAUGGUAAAACCAGGGACUAUGUAAUAAAGGCAAAGACGGAUGAGACGGACACAUGGGAUUUUGUAGAUGAAGAGGCGGACGUCCGUACCGGCGACAUGCUGGAAUACAAAAUGUCCGUCAUCCAAAAUGAGAUGCUGGUGGAAUCCGAGUGGAGUAAAGCUGUCUUACUAAAGCGAUUCGAACCAGGACAAUUUCGCAGUCUUAGACAAACCGUGGUAUUCAGAGACGAUUUUAAUGGCGACUUCGAUGCAGCUCGUUACAACACGGAGGUCAGCGCAUGGGGAGGAGGGAAUGGAGAAUUUCAAGUUUAUACCCCCGAGAGAGCGAACGUACACACCGCCAAUGGCUACUUAUAUCUUAAACCUACAUUAACAGUAGACCAUCAUAGUUUCAAUGAAGGAAACCUCUACAAUGGUCACAUGGAUGUGAAAAACCUAUGGCAUUCCUGUACAAAUAACGUCAACAACGGCUGUUAUAAGUCAUCUUACGGACAGGAAAUCCUUCCACCCAUAAUGUCCGGAAAAGUAACCACCAACGCUGCUAUCACCUACGGAAAGGUCAAUGUGAGAGCAAAGGUUCCAAAAGGCGCAUGGCUCUGGCCAGCUAUAUGGUUAUUGCCACGUGAUAACCACUAUGGAGGUUGGCCUCGUUCUGGAGAGAUAGAUCUUAUGGAGACUAAAGGGAAUGCCUGGACCAAUGAAUGGGGAUCUGAUCGUGGGAUUCGCUCCAUUGCUUCUACACUUCACUGGGGCCCUGAUGCCGGACACAACUGUUUCCAGAAGACACAUGGUGAAAAGUAUUUAAACCAACCAGAUGGCUGGCACGGGUGGCAUACCUACUCUUUGGAUUGGAACAAAGAUCGUCUUAUCAUCUUGGUUGAUGACCAGGAAAUCUACAGACUGAGCACUCCAUGGAAUGGAAUGUACAACUAUUGUCCCUACCACAAUAUCGAGGACCCGUGGAGAUACGGACCUCAUAAUGCUCCUUUUGAUCAGCCUUUCCAUCUCAUUCUGAACGUCGCUGUUGGAGGGACUGGUGGGUUCUUCAGUGAUGGCCAAUUCGACGUACCAAAGCCCUGGCGAAACAAUUCUCCACACCCCAUGAGGGACUUCUGGGAGCACCGAGGCGAUUGGCUGAAAACAUGGCAUGGCGAUGAUGUAGCAAUGUUAAUCGAUUAUGUGGAGCUCAUUCAAUACUAACUAAAAUAAUAAACUGAUACAAGAUU